GUCAAGGGCGCCUGGCAGCCGGAGGAGGACAACAAGGUCAUCGAGCUCGUCUCCAAGCUCGGCGCGAAGAAGUGGAGCACCAUCGCGUCGCACCUGCCCGGCCGCAUCGGCAAGCAGUGCCGGGAGCGCUGGCACAACCACCUGAACCCC